GACUACUGAUCAUAUCCCAAAGUUUACACGUAUUUUCGAAAAACCCCAAAUGAUUCUUGCAAUGUUAGCCCUUGUAAUAGCCACCGUUCUAUACGGUGGAGCCACCACGGUCCAAGCUGGAUGCAGUGACACUCUGACCAGCCUUUCCCCUUGCCUUAAUUACCUCAACGGUGGCUCAACGUCACCUUCUUCGAAUUGUUGUAGUCAAUUUUCCACGGUGGUUCAAUCGUCACCUGAAUGUUUGUGCUAUGUGGUUAAUAGCAAUGAAAGCUCAUUUUCAGGGUUCAAAUUUAACCGGACUUUGGCUCUCAAUCUCCCUACCGCUUGCAAUGUUCAAACUCCAUCACCUAGCCAGUGUAACACCAGUAGAAACGUACCAACCACGUCGCCGGCGAAUACUCCUGUAGGUUCACCUCAAAGUGCUCCUUCACCAUCAGGAUCGAAGAAGUUCGCAUGGAGUAAUGAAAGCUCGUCCAACAGCAAUGUGAUCAUCUUGUCUUUCGAAGAAUCUCACAUCGAAGAAGUAGAAAUCCAAAACAAACUCGAAGUUGCUCCUGCAUUGAUUUCCGUUCAUCCAUCUCAGAAAUCUGUCGCUGUAGCUGUCGGGUCGGAUCUUCGUGUAUUCGAUCUUAUAGAAAAUUGCCCAGUUAGUUUGGUGGAUGAAUCUGAUGGGCCUUCCCGUAAGGAAUCCAUUAGAGCUAUUCGUUAUGGUGCAAGUGGAAAGCUUUUUGUGUCUGCAGGCGAUGACAAGCUCGUUAAGAUUUGGUCUGCAGAUUCUUGGCGCUGUCUUAACACAGUAUGUUCUGAGAAGAGAGUUAGCGCAGUUGCUAUAAGUAGCGAUGAUUCACAUGUUUGCUAUGCGGACAAGUUUGGUGUUGUAUGGGUGAUCGAGCUGGAUGGGAUCAAUGAGGGUAAAACUUUACCUAGUAAGAAGGGUGCGCUGCUGCUUUCCCAUUAUUGUAGUAUUAUUACUAGCCUGGAGUUUUCCCCAGAUGGUAGAUAUAUUCUUAGUGCUGAUCGGGACUUUAAGAUAAGGGUGACUGUUUUUCCCAAGAAGCCUCUAGAAGGGGCUCAUGAAAUACAGAGUUUUUGUCUUGGACAUUCAGAGUUCAUCACCUGCACAGCAUUUGUCAGCACUCCAGAGCUUACUCAGGGAUACCUCAUGUCUGGAAGUGGAGAUUCAACUGUUCGACUGUGGGAUAUUACAUCUGGGUCUCUACUUGACACAUGUGAAGUUAGUACGGUGGCAGGGGAUUUAGAGUCUAAUGAAAGUGAGUCGCCGACCCAAGUCACAGUUACCGACAUAUGCGCUAUCCCGAAUUCUUCUCUUGCAGCAGUAGCAAUUCAAAGGCAAGUCCAAUAUUUUAGCCCGCAUACCUGUGAUUUGACAGCACAUACUCUCUCUAUCACAAAGGUGAUAAAAAUCCCUGGAGAAAGUUUCAUUCCUACAAGUAUAUCUGUAAGUGCAUCUUCAAAAUUACUAUGGAUGGUAUCAGGAGCCUCAAACCUACCUGGUUCAAACCAUCCUGGUUUUUCAAGGGUUCGGGUCAUCUCGUGCCUUGAGACCGAAUCAUCUUCAACCCUUGAAGACGAUAAGAUUCCAGGAGGGGCCAAACUGUUGGAGCAGUUGCAAGGUAAAGUUCCAAUAGAAGAGAGUGUAAUGAGUGCUGCGGCAGAAGCUCAUCAGCAUUCUCCUCAAAGGCCAAGAGAUCAGGAAAACACACGGCCACAUGAUCAAUACGGCGACGUGUCCAGCGUCUACGGUGAUGACGUGGCUAGAAAGCAAGGCGUUAGUUUCUCUCAAUCUGAUCCAACGGUUGCGACGAUGGGAUCCGUAGACACGGUUACGAUUGGGGAGGCUUUGGAGGCUACAGCUUUGUCGCUAGGAGAUAAGCCUGUCGAUCGUAAAGACGCAGCUGCGAUUCAAGCCGCCGAAACUAGAGCCACCGGUGAGUGUAAAGGUCGACCCGGUGGUCUUGCAGUAGCGGCUCAGGCGGCUGCUGCUACUAAUGAACAGACAGUGUCGGGGGAAGAAAAAGUGACUAUAGCAGACAUUCUCACGGAUGCGGCAGAGAAGCUUCCCGGAGACAAGGUGGUGACAUGUGAAGAUGCCGAAGCGGUUGUUGGAGCUGAACUUGGAAGCAGUUCAGAGAUGAAGACUACUCCUGGUGGUGUGGCAGAUUCCAUGUCGGCAGGGGCAAGGCUCAAUCAACAAAUCUAGCCAAGUUUCUUGGGACAUUAAUGAAGUUGUACAUGAAGGAAUAUAAGAGAAGUGUUUCAUCUAUCAAGUGUCCUUUAUGAUGUUUGAAGAAAUUUUCAAAUUAACC